UUUUCCGAGCUAAGGCGCUCAUCCCUCCCGGAGUUACACGGUGCCCGUUACCUGCGGCGAAACUGGCUCCCGUAGACCGCACGAACCUCUGAAGGGCAAAUCCCCAUUCAGCGGCGAUGGCACCGGUGUGAACGCUGCUUUUACUGGGUGAGUUUACAUCGGACGCGUCGGAGAGUCGUGAAACAAGGGACCUGGAUCAGGAGUUUCUCAUGUCAGAAGCAUUUCCAACUCAUGUACUUGGCCUGGAUGACCUCCGGAGGUCCCUUCCAGCCCCUACCAUUAUGUCACAAGAUACACUGCGAAGCAGGGAAACUUAGUUGGGAGGGGUGAGAGUUCUGCCCCCGAAAGUGUUUCCUCUGGCAGGGGCCGUGCCGCCCGCAGCUCAGCGCUCUCCCGCAGCUCGGGGCUUCCCCGUGGGCACGGAGCAACCCCCUCCUCCCGGGGCUGGGAAGGGGGAAGACUGCCUUCGUUUGUUCCCGUAGUGCAAAAUUGCAGUGGCAGCUGUGUGGGGUGAGGAGAGUGCAUCUCCCGUGACCUGCGGCUCUGCCCUCUGACCUGCCGUGAAUCCCGAGAAGCAGGAGGCUCCCGAGGGCCUCGGCACACGAGUUCCCAUUGUUUCCAAAGCUGGCACCGUCCCGCCGGGCACGCACUGGGGGGGUUCCUUAAAGCAACCGAGCUGAGACCGAAGGAGCAUCUGGGUCGGAUCAGAGCGGAGCCACCUUGAACGCCUUCCGGGGACAGGCUCUGCUUUAUCCCUAGGAGCGAGCGACUCCAGUUAUUAGGGAACAAUUUUCUCCUUACCAAUGCAUCGGCCAAGGUUAGACCGAGUGGGAAUUCCGCCCCCUCCCCUUCCGUCUCUGUCUCAGGUUUAAGAGUAAAUGCAGAAACGGCCAGAGUGGCAUUGCCAAAAACGAUCUUGGGACAAAGAGGGGGUUUUUACUCGAGGAAAUGUACCCACGCCUACUGUGAAACAGUCAACAAACAAAAUCUCCAGACUAUCUUCUCACCGCCUGUACACUUAAUCUCACGUCCUUGUUCUCUCACUUUCCCCCCUACCCUUUCGUUUGUUUGAUUAUCUUGCCCUCUUUGCUUGAAUCAGUUUUAUUAGUGCUGAGAAACUGCAUCUCAAAGAUGAAAAUAUCGUCUCUGAAAGCUUGGCCUUCACCCUGUAACGCCAUCAAACUGCUCUUGCUUUUCUUUACCGUGCAAAUAAUGCCAGCCUCGCCUUUGCUAACCUGGCGAAAUCACUCACUGCAUAUUUAUCAGCCCGGGGAGGUAGGUUAGCAUGGUAAAUAUCCCUGAACAAAGAUCGUCUGAGGUGUAUUAGUUCAUCCUGUGCCAUGUCUGUCACUUAAGAAGACAGAAUAAUUCGGAGUCCCGGCUCUGCCCUCAGUCGUGCCUGAAUUAAGGAUACAUUUCCAUGAAAGUUUUAUGGGAAGGUUUUAAUUUGCGAUUUUUUUGAGGAGAGACAACUGCCUGAAACUCCGCGAAAAUAAUCUGACCUUGACUAAAAAGGUUCUUUUUGAAACGUAGCUGAACAGGGAAGGAAAGAGUUGGGUUUAUUCCGAAAUAGAGAUUAUAGUUCUAUCCCGUUAGAAAACGAUCAUAAAGCAGGUUAAAGAGAGGAGCUGAACACGAGUGAAGGAAAUCCUUGUGCUGUCCCUUUAACUACCGAACAUCUGAUUCCCUCAUCUGGCAGAUGGUCUCUCAGCACAGAUUUGCAUUCAUUGUCCUGAAAUCUGUUUUCGCGUUGGUGCUAUAUAGAUUUCAGAGGCAGAUCUAUACACCGAUCAGAAUACAAAAGGUCCGGGAGAAAAAUAUCUCCAAGGCAGAGCGAUUUGAAAAAACAAAUAAUCGACCCUAAAAGCAGGCGCAGGUAGCGCCCGGCGCACCGCGGGCUGAGCGGGGACAGCGCCGGCUCCGUUCGUGGGGAACUUUGCCUCCGUGGGAUGUUAUAAAAAGUUUAAAGGUUUGGUCCUGACAGCUCGCCCACAGCGAGAACUUCAGGCUCUGGUGGCUGCAGUCUCUCUCUCCUCCCUCUGGCUGAGGCAGGCAGUCUGGACACACGCAACCCCCGCAGGCUCCGCGACCCGCUUCGUUCCCCCGGAGCGCUUUGGAUUCACACCCCGCGCCCGCAGGCGAACCGGUGCUCGCUUUGUUACAGAGUCGAUGAAGCGUUUCGGCUGGAAAAGACCUCUAAGGUCAUCGAGCCCAAUCACUCUCCGACUCCACCGAGCCGGUGCUGAGCCAUGUCCCUCAGCACCACGUCUCUGCGGCUUUUGCCCCGCGCGGCUCGGAGAUGCGCACGGAAGGUCUGCCAGGACGGUCUGGAUUUUCGGGGGUUCCUGCUUCGGGCACAGUGCAGAUGUGAGGCGGCAGUGCCGCUGGGUGCGGGGCUGCCAGGCUGUGACACUGGGUGCGGGUGAGGGGUCCCGCUUGCCCGGUUCCCGGGGCCGCUCCCGCCCCGCGGUGAAUGUGAACCGACAGCGCCGGGAGCGCGGAGCGGCUGCGGGCCGAGACGCAGGCAGCCAAUCAGGGACGGACAUGCAAAUGAGAGAGCCUAAUAUGGGCGCGGGCCCCGCCCCCGCCGCUCCCGCCCGUGGCCCAUUCAUGGUGCGGGGCCGGAGCGCGGCCCGGGCGUGCGGCGCAGCUCCAGCUCCAACCUCCCUCUGCAGUCUCCGUCCCGCUGCUCGUGGCCGGCUUCAUUUUUUCCCCCUUCUUCUUCUUCUGCUUCUUCUUCUUCUUUUAUUUUUUUUUUUGAGUUGUUGUUUCUUCCGUUCUACCCUGGAUUCGGCAGCGAUCAAUCCUUCUCCCUCUGUCUGCUGAGAAGCAGGUGAUCCUUGGUAACAGCGAUCCGUUCCUGGAUGCAGUUUCCUCGUCUGCCUUUGAAGGAUGAUGACACCAGGCAAGACUGAAGCAGCGUAACUUUUACUCUGCAAGAGGAGAAACUUUUCCCCCCUCCCCCUUAUUUGAAAGCAUUAAAAACACAUAGCAUUGAAAAGCAGAAUUUGGUUUUAAAGCUGAACUCCACUUUCCUGGGAUUUGUGUGUCAAUUUUUUUUUUUUUUUUACCACAUUUUCUCCUUCCUUAUCUCCCAAAAGGAAACUGUUGCUAGUUGGAAUAGACUUUUUAAAUGUUUGGGAUUCAAGAUACUUUAGGAAGAGGACCAAUUCUGAAAGAUAAAUCUCUAGGUUCUGAAAUGGAUUCCGUCAGGUCCUGGGUCAGAAACGUUGGGGUUGUGGAUGCAAACGUAGCAGCACAAAGCGGAGUAGCUUUGUCCAGAGCUCACUUUGAAAAGCAGCCACCCUCCAACUUGAGGAAAUCCAAUUUCUUUCACUUUGUUCUGGCUCUCUACGACAGACAGGGACAGCCCGUGGAAAUAGAGAGGACUGCUUUUGUGGACUUUGUAGAAAAUGAUAAAGAGCAAGGCAAUGAAAAGACGAACAAUGGCACACACUACAAACUCCAGCUGCUGUACAGCAACGGUGUCAGGACUGAACAGGAUCUGUACGUGAGGCUCAUUGAUUCGGUCACCAAGCAGCCCAUAACCUACGAAGGACAGAACAAAAACCCCGAAAUGUGCCGAGUUUUGCUUACCCACGAAGUCAUGUGCAGUCGCUGCUGUGAGAAGAAAAGUUGUGGCAACAGAAACGAGACUCCCUCUGACCCUGUGAUCAUUGACAGGUUCUUCUUAAAAUUUUUUCUCAAGUGCAAUCAGAACUGCUUGAAAACAGCAGGAAACCCAAGAGACAUGAGACGGUUCCAGGUGGUGCUGUCGACAACGGUGAACGUGGACGGGCAUGUGCUGGCCGUGUCUGACAACAUGUUCGUGCACAACAACUCCAAGCACGGGCGCAGGGCCCGGAGGCUCGACCCCUCCGAAGCCACACCGUGCAUCAAAGCGAUCAGCCCCAGCGAGGGCUGGACCACAGGAGGAGCGAUGGUGAUCAUUAUCGGAGACAAUUUCUUCGACGGGCUGCAGGUGGUGUUUGGAACCAUGCUUGUGUGGAGCGAGCUUAUCACGCCCCACGCCAUCCGCGUCCAGACGCCUCCACGCCACAUCCCUGGGGUGGUGGAAGUGACAUUGUCCUACAAAUCCAAACAGUUCUGCAAGGGAGCACCGGGCAGGUUCAUUUACACAGCUUUAAAUGAACCUACCAUAGAUUAUGGUUUCCAAAGGCUGCAGAAAGUCAUCCCAAGACAUCCUGGGGACCCUGAAAGACUAGCUAAGGAAAUGCUGCUGAAACGAGCUGCUGACCUGGUUGAAGCCCUGUAUGGAACCCCACACAACAACCAGGACAUCAUUCUGAAGAGAGCUGCAGACAUCGCAGAAGCUCUCUACAGUGUGCCCAGGAACCCCGCCCAGAUCCCAGCCCUCUCCAGCUCUCCUGCCCACAGCAGCAUGAUGGGCAUCAACUCCUACGGCAGCCAGCUAGGAGUCAGCAUCUCAGAGUCAACACAGGGCAACAACCAAGGUUACAUUCGUAACACCAGCAGCAUCUCACCCCGAGGCUACUCCUCCAGCUCCACCCCUCAGCAGUCCAACUACAGCACCUCCAGCAACAGCAUGAACGGCUACAGCAACGUCCCCAUGUCCAACCUGGGCGUCCCCGGCUCGCCUGGCUUCAUCAACGGCUCUCCCACAGGCUCUCCCUACGGAUUGAUGUCUUCAAGUCCAACAGUUGGCUCCUCCAGCACUUCUUCCAUCCUUCCAUUCUCCUCUUCCGUCUUCCCUGCUGUCAAACAGAAGAGUGCCUUUGCUCCUGUCAUCAGACCCCAAGGGUCUCCUUCUCCUGCCUGCUCUAGUGGCAAUGGCAAUGGGUUCAGAGCCAUGACUGGUCUUGUCGUGCCCCCGAUGUAAGCCAGAGGCAGCUUUGCUCCUCUGCCUCUGCCCCUUUUUUCCUCCUUUUUUCUCCCCCCCCCCCCAUUUUUCUUUUACAGCACAAAACUACUUAUUGUGAUGGACCACUAAAAGGAAAAAAAAAUAGCACUACAAGCUCUUUUUUGGGGGAAAGCCAAGCCCAAGGGGUGUGGGGGGGGGGGG